AUCUGAGUGGCUGAUGGAUGGUGGUGCAGGAGGUGAUGGUGGAGGUGGAGGUCCGGGCGGCGCAGAACGUGCUGGAGGCGUGCGCGCAGACGGUGACCAUGGAGCGGGUGGUCUUCACCUCCUCCGUCACCGCCGUCGUCUGGAAGGACGACGACCACAAGCCCGUCGACGCCUUCGACGAGCGGAACUGGAGCGACCUCAACCUCUGCAGGAAGCGCAAGUUGUGGCAUGCGCUGGCCAAGACGCUGUCGGAGAAGACGGCCUGGGCCUUGGCCAUGGACAGAGGGGUGGACAUGGUGGCCAUCAACGCCGGCCUGCUCACCGGGCCGGGGCUCUCCUCCGCCCACCCCUGCCUCAAGGGGGUCCCCGAGAUGUACGAGCACGGCGUCCUCGUCACCGUCGACGCCGACUUCCUCGCCGACGCCCACGUGGCCGCCUACGAGUGCCCCACGGCCUUCGGCCGCUACCUCUGCUUCAACAACGUCGUGUGCCGGCCCGAGGACGCCCUCCAGUUCGCCCAGAUGCUCACCCCGUCCGCUCCAUGCUACCCGCCGAGUGAUGAGCUGAAGGUGAUCCCACAAAGGAUUCAGAACAAGAAGCUGAACAACCUGAUGGUGGAGUUUGCCAGUGCCAUAUACGGGGACUUGGAUUAGAGAAUCACUAGUUCAUUGAUUUACAUCUCAAGGGCAGCUAGGGUUGUAUUCUUUAUGUACCUAAAUAUCCGUAUUCUUUUUCCUCCUGAAAAGGGAAAUAUGGUUGGUCAGAUGUACAAAUCUGUACAAGGCCAAGCAUGCCGCAUGUAUUCCACCACUCUUACCAGGAUGGUAGGAGCAUUUGAGCCAGUGCUUAGCAAUGUAGUAGUAAUCCUUAGGUCCAACAAAAGGGAAAAUAAGUCCACAGUUAUGUUACUACUGCCUUGUACAGCAGCAUUAUAUGAAUAUGAUGAACAAAUGUUGAAAGCUUCAA